AUGUACAUCCAGGCUCUUGAGGAGCGUCUUUCCAAGAUGGAAGCAGUCCUUAAUCAAGCUGGAUUGCCUCGGCCUGGUGCGCCGCCCACCAGGGUGUCGCCAUCCGAGACUGAUGCUGCGUCCGUCUCGGUGGCUCCCGCGCCACCUGUUUUUCCAAGCGCAACUGCGGCGCCUAGUCAAGCGGGUACAUCUCGAGUAGAUGCUUUGCAAAGUUCCUUCAAUCAAAUGUCGACGGACCAUGCGAUGAUUGACGGAACCGACUCCAAUGAUUCAUCCGAUCAACCUACGCCAAAACCAGCUGCAACUCAACAUGUUCCCGACCCACCGAACCCGUUGGGACCAAAAAUGCCAGUCUUCGCAGUCAUUGCGAGCAGAAUUAAGGAAGUUAACUCCGCGUCGUAUUGUUCCACGUUCAACAGACAGGUCUUUACUCCACGUCUCGAUCGAGAAGAGGCUAUCACGAUGCUGAUGCCCCUUUAUGACGACGUGAUAAGCAACUACCCACUUCUCAACUUUCACUACUUUGUGAAUCGAUUUGAAACUGUUCCGAAUGCAGAGGAUUCGUUCAACAGUACUUCAGGCUGGGCGUAUAUGAACGCGGUCAUCGCCGUUGGGACCCGGUGGAAGACGAUCAACAGCGCGUUCCAGGAAGUAUGCCAACUGGCAUGGCCAUUUUUGAAGAAUGCUUUCUCAGUCCUCACGGAACUAAUGGUCAAAGGUGAUGAUCUUCUGUCGGUUCAGGCCAUUGUGGCAAUGGCUGUUUUCAUGCAGGGAACGACUUGCUCAAGGACGGCAGCUCUACUUUCAUCUGAUGCGGUAAGGUUAUCGCAGAACAUCGGACUUCAUAGGCAGCCCUGCACCAUGAUGUCGAUGUGUAUGCAGGAUGUGGAAGCACGCAGUCGAGUAUUCUGGGCUGCAUACAUUCUUGACAAGGAAAUGGGUCUCAAUCACGGUCUGGACUCGAUCCAAGAUGAUGAUGACAUUGAGACGGAAUUGCCGACAGGAUUAGGAGAGGGUGUGGACAUACUCAACUUGCGUGCCAAACUCGCCAUGGUAGAAUCCUCCAUCAGACGGCGACUUUACACAGCCAAAGGACUGCGACUUAACGACGAUGAUGUAGUCAAGGCCAUCAUAGAUCUUGAUGCUCUGCUCGAAGAGUGGAGGUCUAGUUUACCAGCAGAUCUCCAACCCACAUACGACUCCCCUAAAUCUGGUCAAGACUUUGCGCCGGACGUCUUGAAUCUACAACUGGCCUUUUACCGCUGCACACUUAUGGUGCACUGGGCAGCGAGGCGACACAGCCAGUUCAAGACUGUGGCCGUUCUCUUGGGAACGCCAGCAGGCUUCGAGAUGCCCUACAUCCAGCUUUCGUUCUCCCAGAAACGAUGCCGAACAGCUGCCCACGCGACCUUAGGACUGUUCAGAACGAUCUCGACACCGCAAUACUCAGAUCUCUGGUAG